AUGGCGACCAGUUCCAGCAGCUCGUUCAACCUAAGCGACGGCCUCGAGGUUUACUCACGGGUCUGGGAACCCACCGAAACCCCAAAAGCCCAUAUUGCAUUCCUGCAUGGCUUCAGUGACCGCUGUGAUCACUACGACUCCUUCUUCACCCAGCUGGCCACCAAUUAUCCCAUCAAGAUACAUGGCUGGGACCGUCGCGGCUGGGGUAAGACCAUCAAGACAAAAGCACACCUCGGCGACAUUGGCCGAACGCCGCAGAUCGUACGUGAAAUCAACGAGGCCCUGAAGCACAUCGCCUCCACGAUCCCGGACAUCCAGCGCACUCCGCUGUUCGUCAUGGGCCACAGCAUGGGCGGACAGGAGUCUGCCUGCUACCUGCUCUCCAAGGACUCCGAACUUAGCGGGAGCAGACCACCCAUUGCAGGCUGGAUCUUAGAUGCGCCGUAUAUCGGCCUCGACCCGGCGAGUCACCCCAAUUGGCUCGUUGUGAAGGUGGGCAAGCUUGUUGCGAACCUCAUUCCGAAGUUCAAAUGGAAGCAGCCGCUUAAUAUCGAGUUUGCGAGUCGGGACCGUGGUGUCCAGGAGCUGUAUAAGAAUGACCCGCUGUGCCAUAAUACGGGUACCCUGGAGGGACUUGAUGCGUUACUCCAACGUGAAAGCGACCUAACAACGCUGUCCCAACCGGACAAACCAGCACCCGAGCAUCUAGCCACACGGCUCCCCUGCCCUGUCUUCUGGGCGCACGGGUCCAAGGACAUGAUCACGUCAUACACCAUCUCGAAGCAGCUCUAUGAUAGACUCGAGCCGUACAGCGAGGGCGAUGCUGAUGCGAAGACGUGGAAGACUUUUGAUGGCGGCUACCACCAGAUUCAUGGUGAGCCGGAUGGCAUGAAGGAGGAGUAUAUGCGCGAUAUCGGAGAAUGGGUGGUCAAGAUUACGACGAAGCGGAACGACGCAUAA